AUGAUGUUUGGAUGCGGCUGUUGGGCUGUCGCUUUCACCCUCGUUUCUCUCGCUGGGAAAAACAACCUGGCCUCAUCGCUGACCUUUGCGCAAGAGCACCCCCUCUUUAUCACCGAUGUGGCUCUAUCAGCUCUCUGUUCGGGUCUCGGCCAAAUCCUCAUCUUUUUAACUAUCUCCCACUUCGGUGCCGCUACCUUUGUGAUACUCAUGACAAUCCGACAAGCCCUCUCCAUUCUGGUGUCUUGCCUUCUGUUUGAUCAUCCCAUGAACUCUAUAGGUCUGCUUGGCUUUUGUGUCACUUUUAGCGCUGUAUUCUUUCGUAUUUUGUGCCGUAAGAGACGGCCUGCCCCGGUCAACAACUCAUCCUGA